GUUAUUUGAGGAGGAGAAAAUACGUUAACUAAAUGGUGCAUGGGCCCAAUAUAUAUAACUAAGUAGCGCCCAACCAUCCCUCCUCCCCUUCCACAAGCCAAGCUAGCGAGGCAGCAGCGAGAGACAAGAAGAUGGUGCACCCUAUUGCGGAGGCCGACGAGCGGAGCCCCUUCGGCCGCCUCAGCCCCGACGAGUUCUACGCCCGACACGGCGUCGCCCACUCCACCUCCUCCUUCGUCAACCCGCGAGGCCUCCGCGUCUUCACCCAGCGCUGGAUCCCUCGUGAAUCCCCCGUCCUCGGCGCCGUCGCCGUCGUGCACGGCUUCACGGGCGAGUCCAGCUGGAUGGUGCAGCUCACUGCCGUCCACCUCGCUAGCCACGGGUUCGCCGUCGCCGCGCUCGACCACCAGGGCCACGGCUUCUCCGAGGGCCUCCAGGGCCACCUCCCCGACAUCGGGACGGUCCUCGACGACUGCGACACCGCCUUCGCGCCCUUCCGCGCCGACUACCCGCCCCCGCUCCCCUGCUUCCUCUACGGGGAGUCCCUCGGCGGCGCCAUCGCGCUGCUCCUCCACCUCCGGAGCAAGGACCUGUGGCGCGACGGCGCCGUGCUCAACGGCGCCAUGUGCGGGGUCAGCCCGCGGUUCAAGCCGCCGUGGCCACUCGAGCACCUGCUGUGGGCCGCCGCAGCGGUCGCGCCCACCUGGCGCGUGGCCUUCACCAGGGGCAACAUCCCCGAUCGGUCGUUCAAGGUGGAGUGGAAGCGGAAGCUCGCGCUGGCCAGCCCGCGCCGCACCACGGCGCCUCCGCGCGCCGCCACAGCGCUGGAGCUCCUGCGCGUGUGCCGGGAGCUGCAGGAGCGGUUCGAGGAGGUGGAGCUGCCGCUCCUGGUGGUGCACGGUGGCGACGACACCGUCUGCGACCCCGCCUGCGUCGAGGAGUUGCACCGCCGCGCGGGGGGCGCGGACAAGACGCUCCGUGUCUACUCCGGGAUGUGGCACCAGAUCAUCGGUGAGCCCGAGGAGAACGUCGAGAAGGUGUUCGACGAAAUCAUCGCCUGGCUCAAGGCCCGCGCCGCCGCGCGCCACGGCGACCAGCAGCAGCAGCAGCGGGAGUAGUUUGGGCACGCGGCUCGCGUGCGUGCGUGCCAUGACCGUGGGCGUGGAGCCUGGUCAUGGCGGAUUCCAGACUUGUUAUGUUAUCUGGUAUGAGCCCAGCAAUAAAUCUGUGGUGAUUCAAUUCGGUGAGAUCUGAUCCGGUGGUCCCGGUGCAUCAUCUGCAACUGCUUGAGAUGCCCCUAACCAUGGCUACGGAUGCAUGUACCUUGCUUGAUUCUUCAAUCAAUGGAUGAACAAAUUUCAAUUUCUGCCGUGUUGUU